AAUACCUUAUAUCUUCUUUUCCAGAUGCAGUUCUUCAUCCUUUAUUAUGGAGAGAGUGAAGAGCAGUUUUGCGACAAGUUCAACAGGAGAAAGAAUCUUAAAUGUGACAGAAUCUCUGCAACUCAUGACUGACAUGAACAUGAUCUCAGUGUUUGGUGACCUGGCAAGAAAUCAAGGCGUUGCACUUGGUCCAAGGGCAGAAUUUGAUUCUGUGUCACAGAGCGCGUACAGCAGAGAUAUUCCUGAUGCCGAUCUAACUUCACUCGCUUCUGCUGCCCCAAAACAUCUGUGUACCCAAGAAAAGGUUCGGUUCAUGGAGCUCGCAGUGGCCUCACUACCUACACAGUCUCGGACACAAAGCUGCUUUGAUGCUGUCAACAAACAGACAACCCCCACAGAUUAUCAAGCGGGUGAAGCACAAGUGCAACCAGUUUGGUCGAACCCUAGAUUCGUAACACAGAAGGACAAAGAAGCUACUUAUACUUUGAUUGACAUAUAUGGUAGUUCUGAAAUUAGAAAGUUGAUUGGAGAUAAGAAAACCAAGUCAAAAUAUGUUUUUGAAUUAAUAGCGCAACAGAUGGAGGAGAAAGGAUUCUUGAUUUCAGACAGGGCUGAAAAGGCUUGGGAACGAUGUGCCCAAAAAUGGAGAAACUUGGAGAGAUCGUUUAAAGACUAUAGUAUAUUUUCCAUCAAAACAAGACAGGAGCAGGAAAGAAGAAGAAGCCAGAUUUUUUCGAUGAAUUGUAUUCCAUCAUUGGACAGAAACACACUGUAAGUCCUGUGGCACUUAGUGACACAUCUGUACCUGCUGACACAUCUGAACAGAUGAACUUUGACAUCACAUCAAACAGCUCAUCACCUUUGAGAAAAGCUGUCACAAAUGAUAAUCAGGUCAAGGAUGCUGACUGCCAAGAAGCACCAUCAACAGGAAAAGCUAAAGCAAAGAAGAGGAAGCUGACAGUUGUUACAGAGCUGCUUCAUCAGUAUAGAAAGGAGGAUCUCCAACUAGAAAUGGAAAGGGAACAGAAAGAACAGGUUCGAUUUGAUGAGCUGAAAACACUUUUGGUAGGUCAGCAUCAGGAUCGCAUGAAAGCCAUGUAUGCACUUAUUGAUGCCUUGAAAAAUAAAACAUAAAACAUGAUAUGUCAACAUUCUUGGAUGUUAAAUGUGCUCUCAUCCUCCAAUUAUUUGCACUGUUAAAUAACCUUGAUGUUAAUGACCAUGGUUACCUGAUCAUGCUGAUUGCAUCACAUGUCGUUUUCUUCAGGAUACCCCAAUAUGUGAAUUACUUAUAACAACAAAGAAAAUAUUCACAUGUUUAUUACAGAAAACAUGGGAAGUUUUCACAGAACACUUUGUUCACAAUGCUUUACACAGCUGAACUAUUCGUGACUGUUGUGAAUGACAUGUAAGGCUGGUAUUAAAUAUGUCAGACAUUUUGCUGCUAAUAAUAUGCCUGUUCAUUAUCUUUCAGAAAUGUUUUGAUUGUAACUUUAACCAAUGAACCCAAUAUUUUGACAGGGAUAUCCGAUACAAACAUAUUCAAAAUAACAUGCCAGUUAUAUAAUUUUUGGUCUUUAUUGAACAUGGUUUACAUUGUGCAUGUAAUUAUGGUAAGCAACUGGUCAGUUUAUAGCUUAAUUUAAGGCUGUUCUCAAUUUAGCAUGCUGUGUCAUGCUGUACUCAACCUGUCAAUUUAGCAUGAAGUAUCAUGCUAUACUCAAUCUGUCAAUUUAGCAUGCUGUGUCAUGCUGUACUUAACCUGUCAAGUUAGCAUGCUGUGUCAUGCUGUACUUAACCUGUCAAGUUAGCAUGCUGUGUCAUGCUGUACUUAACCUGUCAAUUAAGCAUGAAGUAUCAUGCUCAAUCCAACCUGUCAAUUCAAUUCAUGUUGUUAAACUGACUAUUGACCAUUUGUACAAAAUACUUUUGUAUCAUACACUAUAGUUUGAAUAUAAUAUAAGAACAGACUACAUGUAUGUUUAAAUUGUUAUUUCCAUGGUUAUCAGUAAUGUGUCAUAGGUUUCAUAAGUUCAUAGUUUUGAUAAAGUUUGGAAGUUAUUCACUGUUGAGAGUAAUUUUUUUUGAAAUAUACUCCCGAGUUUAGAAAAUGUUCCCCCUGAAAUAUGUGGUGAGUCAUCAUGACUCCCAUUUCUAUCAGGCUGUUUUAAGCCAUGUAUGUGUUAGUAACCAGAUCUGUAUUCUGAUAUGGACUACAGCUGAAAUGGCAUAUGAAAUGCCAAUUAACCACUUUGUUGACUGUUACACCUGAUGAGAGUGGUUAUGAUUAUAAGGAAUUGGCAAUUGCAUCACGCUUCAGUGAGCCAGCAGUACUGCUGGUAUUGCCAGUGGGUUGAGGAGUAGCUACAUGGUAGCUGUCAUCAGACUCUACACUGUCUGGAACAUCAUCAUCAUGGUACUUGCAGAAGUUGUGUAGGACACAUGCAGACAUGAUUGUGCAGGGAAUGUUUUCAAUUUUGGAAUCAAUAUACUUUAACCUACAAAACCUGUUUUUCAAAUGACCAAAAGCAAUUUCAAAUUACAAUUCUUGUUUGAGACUGUUUCCUGUUAUAUUUCAAAUGAACCAUCUUCAAAUUACCAUGGUCCUUGUAUGGAACCAUCAGCCAUUUCUUUAGGGCAUAUGCAGAAUCCCCUACCAAAUGAUACUUUUCACCAGGAAAGUGCUGAGCCACAUUACUUUGAAUAGAUUGAGACAGGUUAGAAUGGCUGAAAACACGCGCAUCAUGGGCUGAUCCAGGUACUCCUGAAACAAACAGACACAUGGUCAUAGAUUGUUAACAUAAUUUUGUUAUUUGUUCAUUGUAACUUAGGUUGAAAUACAAUUGUGAUUGAAUACAAAA